GAGGGACUGCAGCAGACAUUCUGACACUGGGGGGAACUGACUUGAUGCCAUUGACAUCCCCAGUGACACCAAUACAGUGAUCAGUACUAAUAAAAAGCACUGACACUGUACUAAUGUCACUGGGCAGGAAGGGAUUAACAUGUGGGGCGAUCAAAGGACUAAAUGUGUGCUGUGUGCUGUUUUACUAAGUGUGCUUUGUUAGUGCUUCCUGUAAGCACACUGCUUUGCAGGGCUGUGCUAUGCACAGCCCUGCAAAGCAGUGUGCAGGAGCUGACAGGGGAGAGAACUGCUUUGUUUACAAAAAGUUCUCCCCCCCCAGAAAUGCAAAAU